UUUUGUAAAGACCGGAAAAUGCCUGGUUCAUCAACCUUUCAUACAGUUUAGCUCAGUUUAGGCCAGUUUUGCAUUUCACGAGAAGCUACGUAAAUUGCAAUUAGGCCUAGUGAAAAAAGCUACAGGGAAAGUUUGAGACCAUGAAUCUAGAAGGAAUGGAAAUAGUUCUACAAAAUGAAGAGAAGAAGCAACUUGCCGAGUUCGACAGUCGAUUGUUUGGCUUCUUGAAGUUUAACACUCCAGAUGGAAUGCCAAAGAAAAAUUUACUGGAAAAGGGUAUAAAGUACUUUGAGCAGGUGAUCCGAGAGAAUGCCAAACAAAACCAGGCCAGUGGUGUAGAGGGAGGGGAAAAGGACAGUGGUGUUGACACGACCAUCUACUGCCAACUGGGUCACCUACUUCUUCUGUUGGAACAGUAUCCUAAAGCCCUGUCUGCAUACCAGCGGUUCUAUUACCUCAAGCCUGACUACUGGAAGGAUUCCUCUUUCCUGUACGGACUUGGUCUGGUGUACUUUCACUUCAAUGCCUUUCCACUGGCUACGAAGGCAUUCCAGGAAGUGUUGUACAGAGAGCCAGGGUUCACUAAGGCUAACGAGGUCCACAUACGGCUUGGGUUGAUGUCCAAGGUCGCAGCCAACUAUGAUGCAAGCUUGAAGCACUUUCACCAGGCCCUAAAAGAUUCCAACCCCUGUUCCUUGUCCAAAGCACAAAUCCGUCUUCAGAUUGCUCACAUCUUAGAAGCUCAGGCAAAAUACAAACAAGCUAAAGAAUCUUACGAGCAGUUUGCUGACCUAGAUAAUUCUGAAGAUCCAGUGAAAGCCACAGCUCUUAAACAAUUAGGUUGGCUUUUCCAUACUGUAGACCAGCUUGGUGAGAAGAAUACUCGUGAGGGACUCGCUAUCCACUAUCUGAAACAGUCUCUGGAGGCCGACGCUACCAACGGUCAGACUUGGUAUCUCCUUGGAAGGUGUUUCUCAAGUCUAGCCAAAGUCCACGAUGCCUUUGUGUCCUAUAGGAACUCCAUUGACAAGUCAGAGGCCAGUGCGGAUACCUGGUGCUCAAUAGGAGUACUCUACCAGCAGCAAAACCAGCCUAUGGAUGCCCUGCAGGCCUACAUAUGUGCUGUGCAGUUAGACAAGUCCCACACUGCGGCAUGGACUGACCUCGGGAUCCUGUACGAGUCCUGUAACCAGCCCAUUGACGCGCUCACAUGUUACCUUAACGCUACUAGAAAUAAAGAAAACUUCAACUCUAAUUUGGCAACCAAGAUAAAAUUUCUUCAGCAGAACCUUGAUAGCGUCAAAGUGCAGUUGCUUCAGAAUAAGCCUAGAACUUUACCUAGCAUAGAAGAAGCUUGGGCUUUGCCCAUUCCUGCAGAGCUCACGUCUCGCCAAGGGGCCACAGUGACCCCACAGCAGCAGCAGCAGCAGCAACAACAACAACAGGGAAAGACACAAAUGAUGCACUCCCAACCCUUGGGGCCACAGUCCGGAAUGGCCCCCAACUCUGUGUCUCCAGGGCAACAAGGAUCAUUUGCUGUCUCAACAGGAGGUGCUGAAGAAGGGACCGGGCAAAAAGAAAAAAGGACAAUCACGCAAAAGGGUGUCAAAUUGCAAAGCGAUGAAAGUGUUGUACUUCUACUUUUACAGAAUUUUCCUAAAAAAAUUGUAUCCACUUUAUCAUCAAGCCGCAGUAUAGUAUUAGAUAGUAUUUACCUGACUAACGAGUUUCUGUUUUACCUACAGCCUGCCACAGAGCCGUUGGAUCCCCCUACUCCACCCCCUCCUCAAUUUCUCACCUCUCAACAAAUGCAGAUGCUUCACAGACUGCAACAGAACCAGUCAUCCUUGGAUCCCCAACAGAGGCAGCUCCUGCAAAAUCUGCAGCAUCAAUAUUUUCUUCAGCAGCAACACCAAAUGAAGAUGCAGCAAGCCCAACAACACUCCCCUGGGGGUCCUGGAGGUCCCGGGGGCCCUGGGGGCCCUCUACCAGGAGGUAUGUUUGGACCCAGGUUUUCCCCUGGCUCCCGCCCCCCUCACCCAUUCCAGACCUCCCCUGGGGGCGGGACACCUCCCUCACCCAUGGGGUCACAUAGCCCUAUGGGUGGGAUGGGUAUGCAACAGGGGAUGCCUCCAAUGCAAGGAGGUAUAAAAAUGGAACAGGGAAACUCGGAGGUAGGAAACGAGGCAGCUAAAAUGCCUCCCCCACUACCCCCUGGCUUUGACAGGACGGGACAUGGGCAAGGAGGAGUUCAUGGACAUGGUCUGGAUAUGCUCAAUGGGAUGCCACUCCGCAGUCCCCAUCCAGCCAUUUCAGGAAGUCUACCUCAGACACAGCAGCAAGGUAACAUUCCAGGCAACCUAGCACCAAUGCCACCAAUGUCUCAGGGAGCUGUGCCAUCAAACUCCAGUCUCUCACCGCUAAUGGUCAACGCCCCACACACGGCUGGAUUCCAAGGCAGCAACAGCCAGCGACCAUUGGGUUCAAAUAACAUGUCAUCAUCUCCAUCUUCAGUGUCGUCACUUUCAUCGUCAGAUCAGGGACUGCCAAAAGACCUUCAAAGUUUCGUUAGUGAUCACUGGAAUAAAAAUGACAUAGCUUUACUAUCGUCCCGUGCGGACGAUCCUACCUCAAUUGCGGAGGGCUUGCUCGCGCAAUUUUCCUGUGGCUCAAACUCGGACAGUAAAAAACCUGCUGAACAGGCCACACCGCUCACUGCUGGUGGCGAUCCUAGUCGCUUACCCAGUAACACCACGCCACAGUCAAAGGACACUAGUUUAGGUAGUGAUGUGUCGGUCAUACAUUCCUCGGUGACUCAGGGUAAAGCUAAACAGGAGGAGGAAAAUACUCCCGGUUCCUUCUCUCAGCGGGAAUACAGUGUGAAAUGUGAUAUAGACUCUAAACGACCAGGAAUAACAAUACAGUCUCGCGUUAUCCCUUCUACUUGUAACCUCAACAUCUCCAUGAAUGGCAAGGAAAUACUCAAAGCUUGCAAGGGACAUGGGAAGAAUGGUAUCACGACAAAUUUACUAGGAGAUAGAUGUCCACCUCGGCCUCCAUCACCACCAUACCCACCCCUCCCUAAAGAGGCACUCAACCCCCCAACCCCUAGUGUUUAUCUUGAGACCAAAAAAGAUGCUUUUUCUUUAGAACUACAACAAUACUGUUACUCACAGCCUGUUGUAGUUAUUCGUGGACUGGCAGGUGCUCUCAAAUUAGACCUUGGUCUUUUCUCUACAAAAAGUUUGGUGGAAGCAAACGCUGAUCACCCUGUUGAAGUCAGAACUCAGAGGCAGCAAGCACCGGAUGAAAACUGUGAUAUGUAUGGGAACCGUAUGUGGCGCUGUGACAGUAGUCGGGGCCACACAACUGUGGCCAAGUAUGCUCAAUACCAAGCGGCGUCCUUCCAGGAGUCUCUCAAAGAGGAAAAUGAAAAAGUUAAGGGUACACAUAUCCAAAAGGACUCUGACAGCGACUCUAACUCUUCUUCGGGACCAAAACCGAAGAGAAAAAUGAUAAAAUUUGGUACAAAUGUUGAUCUUUCGGAUGAGAAAAAAUGGAAACCCCAGCUGAUGGAGUUGACAAAGCUACCUGCUUUUGCACGUGUUAUUUCUGCUUCAAAUAUGAUGAGCCAUGUUGGCCAUACGAUAUUGGGGAUGAAUACGGUGCAGCUGUACAUGAAAGUUCCAGGGUCACGCACACCAGGUCACCAGGAAAAUAAUAAUUAUUGCUCUAUCAAUGUAAACAUCGGACCUGGAGACUGUGAGUGGUUCGGAGUACCAGAGCCAUACUGGGGCAUGAUCUACAACAUGUGUCAAAAGAACAGUGUGGACUACCUUACAGGAUCCUGGUGGCCUAUGUUAGAGGAUCUGUAUGAGGAGGACAUUCCUGUCUAUAGGUUUAUACAGAAACCUGGCGACCUUGUCUGGGUCAGUGCUGGCACCGUCCACUGGGUACAGGCUGUGGGCUGGUGUAACAACAUUGCAUGGAAUGUGGGUCCAGUCAAUGCCCGACAGUAUAAGCUGGCUCUGGAGAGAUACGAAUGGAACAAACUCCAGAACUACAAAUCCAUUGUACCCAUGGUGCACCUUACCUGGAACAUAGCGCGGAACCUUCACAUCUCCGAACCAAAGUUCUUCGAGCUUGUCAAGUCUUGCUUACUGAGGUCUUUGCAGCAAAUACGGUUCACAUUGGACUUCGUAGAGAACCUUGGUUUGGAGGUGAAGUGGCAUGGCCGCUCGGAGACAGAGGCAGCUCAUUACUGUAACGAAUGUGAGGUGGAAGUGUUUGAUAUCCUGUUUGUGACGGAACAAGACAAGAAGUUUGUGGUCCACUGCCAGGAUUGUGCACGCCGUAUUAGCUCAGUACUAGAUGGGUUUGUCGUCCUGGCCCAAUACAAACUGGAAGAGUUGUGUGAUAUCUAUGAUAAAUUUCAGCAUCAUACCAAUGCACCAGCACUGACUAGCUGAGAGUGAUUCAUGUGUUUGUCAUGGUGUGUACUAUGGGAGAGGGAAAAACAGAACACAAGUAGCUAUACCAGUCAUCAAUGGAGUCAACGACAGAUACACACUGCCUUGAAGAGAGAAAGACAAUGUGAAAGACAGACAAACAUGUUCCUUCUAGAGCAAUUAGAAAUACAGACAACUACACAUCACCAGAUAUUGAUACAGUACGAUGUUUUCUCAGGAUAUACUUUUUAUAAAAGGCGUAUUUUGGUAGAAAAAAAUGUUUUUCAGUUUAUUUAUUUAUUUAUUUUCUUUGGAGAGAAUGAAUCUGAAAUAAUUUAUUCCAAGUGUAUGACUUUAAGUAAUGAAUUAACACCUUUGUUCUUUUUAUGAAAUCAAAGUACAUCGGUCGUAUUUGGAUAAUUUACUUGAAACUGUUACUGUAAAAUGACAAGAAAGGACUGAAAAAUGUUUAAAAACCAUUAUGAUGUGACAUUGUGAAGUAAGGAAGUGGUAUGUACUAUGAAGGGGAAUGUUGAUGAUGAGAUGAGACAAAAGAUGACUGUUAUAGAUGUUUGUAAGCUCUUAACAAGAUAGCUGACUGAUAGACGUAUUAAUACCACAAAUUCUCCAUCACAAACCCUUUCUGUAUUCCAAAAAUCAGUUUCUACUAAGAUAUUUAUCCAGUCAUAAAUAGUUUAAUGAAUUGCUCAAGUUUUCUAUGAUUUUGAUUCUGGAUUUUGUCCAAAUUGUGUCUGAAUUUUUGUCUAAUGAGUAAGGAUCAGUUUGAUGAGAAUAGGCAAUGAACUUAAGGGCAGGAAAAAAAUAUAUUUCUGUGGAAGAAAUAAUAUUCAUUUACUUUUCCUUGGGGAGAAAAUGAUAACAGCCCAUUGUCACCCUUGGGGAGGGAAUCAUAACAGCUGGUAGGUUCUCUUGGGGAGGGAAUCAUAACAGCUGGUAGGUUCUCUUGAGGAGGGAAUCAUAACAGCUGGUUGGCUCUCUUAGGGAGGUAAUCAUAACAGCUGGUUGGUACUUCUGAGGAAGGAAUCAUAACAGCUGGUUGGUUCUCUUGGGGAGGUAAUCAUAACAGCUGGUUAGUUCUCUUUGGGAGGUAAUCAUAACAGCUGGUUGGUUCUCUUGGGGAGGGAAUCAUAACAGCUGGUUGGUUCUCUUGGGGAGGGAAUCAUAACAGCUGGUUGGUACUUUUGGUGCAAAAGCCAAUGACUUUGUGGAAAGGUUGCUGGUCUAUUUGAGAUGAAAUAUGGAAAUGGUGUUGAAAAAUGGUAGAAACAUGGAUGGAUACAUUUAGGGUUUGUGAUGUUUUACUGAGACAGGUGUCCAGGCUGUUAGUAGUGGCUGACAUAUUCAUUGACAGGAUGGAAAAUUAUGUUUUAUACAAAAAUAUACAAUACGAAGAAGUCCUGAGUGUUUGAAAAAAGUCAUUUUGUAUCGACAUGGAGGAGGAACUAUACUUCCAGUAUUUUAAAGAUUUGAUAUACGUUAUAUAAAAUAGACUUUUUUCUAUUCACUAGUAGGACUGGCAAACCUCUAUCCUACAUGAAACAUCAAGAAAGACUAAGACAGUAUAAUUCUACAAUUUCUGGAAAUAUUUUAUUUACCAGGUCAUUUUGUAAUAAAUUUUUCAAGUCUGUUUCAAGGAAUAAAGAAAUACAAAAUUUCAUGCAGGAUAGAUGGGUAGAAGAUAUGUUUAACAAACUUUUCCUUAAAAUUUGUGUAUAUAUUUAUAUAUACAUUAUAUAUCAGAAUCAAACUGCAGCAACGAUUGAUGAAAUAUCAGGGAAAAUUUUCCAUCUUUAUAUAAACCCAGGAAUCUAUUUUAAGAAAAAGUUUGUUCUACAUAUUGAAAGCAGGAGACUUAGAAAAAUGGCUACCAAAGCUAUGCAAAUCAGGAUGAACCACAAUUUACAUAAAUGUUGGGAUUGUCCAAUCAUAUCACAACGGCUUGUCCAGCAUGAUACCCCACAGCAAAUCUCCUUCUCAAUCAAUUUUAACAGAUAUCCGUCCAAACUUUUGUAAAAGUAAUAAUAAAUUUGACACAAAGUUGCCAUUUUCCAAAUAGUUGAGAAAUUAUUUAUACUACCGCUCGGUAUUGGACAUUCUAACGACUGUACUGCUAAGAGGAAAAAAUAUAUUUAAGGGGAGAUAACUCCUCUCCACUUUCGCACAAUCUUUCACUUGAAAUUUAAAGAAAUGAAUUCUGAAUUUAAAUUUAAAAUUGUAACAAAAUUUCUUGUUGAAAUUUGGUGAGAAAAAUUUGCUGUUUUCUUGUCGGUGUGACAUUAGGACGUCACAAUGGUCAAUACGACCCUGACCUAAGGCUAUCACUCUGGACAAGGUUGCCUUCCGUAGCUAUAAGGAGAGAAUCAACAUCAGAUUUCAUCAGCCAAUCAAAUGUAACAGUGCAGGGAACCGUCUUGUGCCAAUUUUUACCUUGAAAUUUAUAGGCUUUAUUACUGAUCUCAAGCCAUCAUCACCAUCAUCAUCAUCAUCAUCAUCAUCAUCUGCAACGUACAAGCAUUUCUCUCAUCCAAAUUAUCAUUGUUAUUAUGAUAGUUGUCAUAACCGUCAUCAGAUCAACAUCAUUGUGGUCAUCAUUAUUUUGUAAUUUCAUCAACACAAAUUUGUCAUCUGAGGUAUAACAUUACACAUCUGUCAUCUAACAUAUAUCAUUACUCAUCUGUCAUCUAAAGAAUAUCAUUACACUCAUCUGUCAUCUAACAUAUAUCAUUACACUCAUCUGUCAUCUAAAGUAUAUCAUUACACUCAUCUGUCAUCUAAAGACUAUCAUUACACUCAUCAGUCAUCUAAAGAAUAUCAAUACAGUCAUCUAAAGAAUAUCAUUACACUCAUCUGUCAUCUAACAUAUAUCAUUACUGUCAUCUGUUAUCUAACAUAUCAUUACACUCAUCUGUCAUCUAACAUAUAUCAUUACACUCAUCUGUCAUCUAAUGUAUAUCAUUACACUCAUCUGUCAUCUAAUAUAUCAUUACACUCAUCUGUCAUCUAACGUAUAUCAUUACAAUCAUCUAUCAUCUAACGUAUAUCAUUACACUCAUCUAUCAUCUAAUGUAUAUCAUUACACUCAUCUGUCAUCUAACAUAUCAUUACACUCAUCUGUCAUCUAACGUAUAUCAUUACAAUCAUAUAUCAUCUAACGUAUAUCAUUACACUCAUCUAUUAUCUAAUGUAUAUCAUUACACUCAUCUAUCAUCUUAUGUAUAUCAUUACACUCAUCUGUCAUCUAACAUUAAUCAUUACAAUCAUCUGUCAUCUAACAUAAAUCAUUACAAUCAUCUGUCAUCUAACACUUGUCUCUCAUCAACACUCAUUUAUCAUUAACACUCAUCUAACAAACCAGUAAUUAGUCAUCAUCUUCAUCGUCAGUGUUGAGUUUUCAUCUGUCAUUUCAUCGAUGAAUUGGUUAUAGCAUUGUCAACGUCAACAUCUCAUCAAGUAUGACAUCAACAUUUUCUCCUCUCACCUCACAUUUCCAAUAACUUGAUUGGAAAUCAUCAUUAUUUAAUCCAUGAAAUCAGAUAGUUAUAUUUUGUAUAAGUGAAAGACGUUCACACAAACACAGAAAAAACUAAAGACAUGUUAUAUAUUUAUUUUCAGUUUUUAUGAUUCAUGUCUUUUAUGAUACGUUCAUGUAUAUAUUAGUAAAAACAAUGAGUAUUGUUAAAUAGAUGACUUUGUCAUGUGGAAAGCAAAUAAAGAUUAUUUUCCAACAUGGAGAAAGUAGUAUGCAUGUGAUUAACUUGACAAGUUCGCUGUCUUGAACUUUUUUUUAAGAUUUUGUUUCUAUAAAUACAGGUAGUUACUUUUUAUAGAUCGUCUAUUUCAAAGUUUAUUCUGAAAUAGAGGCUCCGUCAUCUCCCUGUUAUUUUUUCUUCAAUUCUUUAAGGAGUUUUGUUGUUUCUGAGUUAAGGUUUUCAAAAUAGUGCAGAAGAUGAGAUGUUAGUUAUACUUAGUAUCCGUUAAAUGAUACUUCUAUCACGUUCGCUUAAAGAUUAAACUUGCGGUGCUGAAUAUGUUUAAUUAACACUCUUGGUGUUUUUCAAAAGUUUAUUGUAGUUUAAAUUGCAGAAAACUUUUAAAAUUCACACUGAUGAAAAAAACUGGAUAAAUACACUAAGAUUUUUUUAAAAAUUCAAAAUCGAAGUGUAAUUCCUCGUAACUAUUUCUAUUAAUAGCGAGGUUCAGCAUACAAAAUAUCUCUAGUGCUAUAUGUUUGAUCUCUGGAACUUACAGAACUGUUGUUAAAUACUAAAACCAUAAUUUAAAAUUAUGUACACAAAACUAAUGUGAUAGAUAAGGCGUGUAUGCUUGUUGUUCUAUAAUUUAAAGGUUUCUUUCUUGUUUAUUUGAUUUGAAUGUUAAGAUGUGUGUUAUUUGCAAAUAAGUUGGAUUGCACAAUGUGACAAAAAUAUCUUCUUUUUCAAAGUAGUAAAAAAAACUAGUAUUUUGUGAAUUUGAAAUUUAAUGUGAUUAUGUUGUUUUAUGACAGCCUUAAAUUCUGUUUAUGCUUUCAGACACUUUACGUAAAAUUUGGUAAUAUUUUUUCAGAAAGUUGAUGUAAAAUUCAGUAAUACUGUUUAUAAAAAAUUAAUGUGAGAAUUCUGUAAUAGAGUUUCAGACACUCAGUAAAAAAUGGUGUAAUAUCCAUUCAGGUACUAAAUGGAAAAUUCAAAACGAUAUCAGAUAUUUGAUGUGUAAGAAUAUGUAAUUCCAUUUCAAUUACUUGAUGAAAUAGUGAUGGCCUGGGGUUUAGGUCAUUGUUUCAUCCUUAAGGUUUUGACAAAAUUAUACUUCAGAUUGAAUUUGAUAUAGGUACAAUACAAACUUAUAUUUUACAAAAUAAAAGUUGGUAUAAAUAAUUAUUCAGGCUUAACUCUCAAACUAAAAAUUAUCAGUUGCAGUAAUCUAAUAUUGGUAAAGAAACAGUCAUAUACCCGGGUAGGAACAAGACAAGCCAGUUUGGUUAACAUUGAAUUCAGAAAUUAACUCUUCCUAAUAUUAUUGUGAAUUUUGUCAUGGUUGGUCAUUAAAUAGACAACGUUUUGAGAGGAGUAGUUAUUUCAAGUUCUGCCUAUAUGACAGAUGUGUAUGUAAACAAUUCACUGCUGAAUUAUACAUACUGAAGUUAUUUACCCAGCAAUAAGCCCAUGUCUGGUAAUAAGCCCACUCACAUCCAUUGCACUUGAGUAGAAAUGAUAUAAAAUGCUAUUUAAUUGUCCUGCAAUAUGCUGACUCUCUACUUCAGUUGAAACUUUUAUUCUUUGUUUCCAUGAGCUCUUUAUGGGACAAAUUCAUGGCUACAUAUCCUUAUAUAGAGGCAUGUUUGGAUAUUUGUGCCAAAGAGUCGAUUUCAUUAAACAAUAAUCUACAUAUUACUUACUUUGGCAGCUAAUUGAAGUAAACAGUACACAGAUUUCGUAGUAUCUUCACCAUCAUAACUUAAUGAUUUUAAACUCUUGGUAUCAAUGAUUUCACAACCUUAAACCUUCAUUAUCAAAUGGCACAAAUUCUUCCGCACAAGUUGUAAUUUAUUUAAAUGCUUUGCUACAUAAACAGAACAAUAGCUUUUAGUUGUAGUUCAGUGACAUUGUGGUUAUUUAUAGAAUUAAUUGAUUGUGAAAAUGUCUUAAAGGGUCUGAAAGUGAGAAUAUCUGCAGUUUACAUUUAUAUACAAAUUUGGAUGGACAGUAUUAAGAUAUAAUGACUUUUUAAUAAGUGGUUUUGUCCAUUUUUGCUCCGUACAAUAUAUCCUCCAAAACAGUCGAACUUGUUUCUUUAAAGGUGUAAAUAUCUUCUCCCCCCCUCCCCACAACCCACACCCCAUAAAGUAUAUGUUUCAUUUGCAAUUAUUUUAAUUUGCAAGGGAAAUCAAAACAAAUACCUGGUAUCCAUGCCAUUUUUUUUUUUUUUUUGUACAAGACAAACUCUUUGUACAUUAACCAGAAAUGCAGAUCUCAUUAUGAUAUAAUUACCGAUUCACAUGAACAUGGAAUUUCAGGGAAUCACAAUAUUCAACACAUGUAAAUUAUCUGGAACCAUUUUUGUGUUGUGGAUAAUGCUCUAGUAUCCUACACAAAUCUUCAUUCACAGCAAAAAAGGCCAGUGGUUUAUAUGCUAAUUAAUUAAACCUUGAUUAUCACAAAAUAUAUUUUAAUAGACGUCCAUCUUCAAAGGCCAAAAUAUUUUCCAUGAAUCAACAUCCCUCUUGUGUAAAUGACAAGUUUGACUGUGGUUUUGCAGCGUUCUUCAUUUUGUAUUGUAUAUCAGAACAUUGUUUUAUCGUUCUUACUGAUCUCAUUUGUCGUUAAAUUAUGUACAAACGAAGUGUCUGUUGGCAUUAAUGGCCAAUUAACUAGCCUGGUUAUUUCCAAAUGCAUACAAAUCUACUUAGAAGUUUCAUUUCAGUAAAAUCCGAAACAAAUACAACCCACUGAAUAUAUGUGUUGAUUUAUUGAUUCAUUAAUUUUUAUUUUUUUUUUUUUUUUUUUCUUCAUUUUGGUGUUAAGUUUAUUUUUGUUGGUAUAGUGGAUAAAUCCUAUCUAUCAACAUUUAAAAAAAUGUGUAACUGAGAUUUAAGAAAUGAAACAUUGAGACACUUUAGUGUGUGCAAUUUGAAAAUAACUAGUUGAUGUAGCGUAAGUGCUGUGUUGAUUUUUUUUUUAUCACUUUUCACAAAAAAACAGAUUUAUAUAGCUGUUUUGUCUUUUUUUUCCUCCAAAUAGCUUACUUACCAUAAUUUAUUUAAAAAGCCCCAGCUGACCUCAUUCUAACCUUUGAUUAACCUUUUGUACUUCAUGUCAUUGGUUGUAAGUAUGUCUGUAAAUGAUCUUUAAAAGUGGAUAUUUAUAAUGUGUUCCAAUAAAAUACAAAACCUUAACUUCA